AACGUUAGUCUGAAAACAACACUACCCAGGACGGACGCAAAAGCUGCGGAGGCCGUCAGAGUCAGAAGUCGAUUUUGCAUCUUAGUAGUAGCAGCAGACACAUAGCACAUAGCAAGGCAUCGCAAAAAUCGGACAAGUGUAGAUUGAGUGUGCCGCAGCAAGUGAAGCAGUGAAGCUAGGCGAACCCGGCAUAUUUUGUGGUUUGUUUCGAGUGUUUGGCACGACACGCUUUUGCAAAACAUUGGAAGCGCACACAAGAAGCAUACACGCGCGUAUCGUGACAUGUCCUUGCUGCAAAAAUUGUGCAAUUUUUAGUCUGGAAAUGUGAGCAGAGCCAAACGCUCCAGACACGUGAAAAUAGUUUGAUCCGGGACACGCGUGUAUAUUGAUCGAUUUGUGGUCGUUUCUCGUGGUGGCAGUGAGGUGACAUUCAGUGACACGCAACCGAUUAAUGCAUCAUACCCGAAGUGCGAUCGUACCUGUACGUGGGGUGGAAAAACACCGGAAAAGCGAGUAAAAUGGUGAACUUGAUUUAUCACUCGACUUCGCAUCCAGUGAGACGAUCAUUCCCAGUCCUGAUGACAAGGUGCAAUACGUAAAUGCAACUCUGUGUCACCGGUGUGUGAGUGUGUGUGUGUGUGUUUUUCGGGACACACCAUCUGCAUCAAUAAAUCGUUCGAAAGUGAUUUAUAAGACGAUUGACGUGGUUGGGUGGAUUAUCAUUCGCCUCGACUCCAUCAAUCAAGUGCAUCUGGUGUAGCGGACGACCCGAACUGGCUGGAUGUGUUGGAUUGUGUUUCUUAAUGCAGUUUUUAUCAAGCGACAAACGUGCGGUGCUUGCAACGUGAUACGUUACAACAGUGAGUUUCAAUUAUUUGGUUUUGUUGUGUGUGUGUGUGUGUGUCUAAAAAGUCCCAAACCAAACAAACCAACAACUGUCGUGCGUGUGUGUGAGUGUGUAAAUUUACAACAAAAAAAUGAAAACAUCUCCCUUGAGGUGCGCGAGUGUAUGCAACACGGCGAGAGCAAAAGAUUAGAAGAGGGUGCCACACUUUCCAACCCCUUGGAAGGAAAACAACACACGCAAAUUUGUAGUAAAAGUGUCAGUCGGUUUCGGUGGUUUACGAUCGGCUUCAAGAGGAUGAUGCACUCGUCCUUAUGUUUCCGGCAAUCAUAAAAGUACAUCCGGUGCACAUCCCUUAGCCGCUCUCGGUGCUAGUGAUGGUCGUGUGCGUGAGUGAGUGAUUCACACCUUCAUAUAGAUCGCGAUCACAUUUCCCCUCCCUUAUUGCCGAGUGUUCAACACGGUUUUUCACGGUGUUUUUUUUUAUUUUUGAAUGAUCGAUUGUUAAAUCCCGGUACGUAGUUUUUGGUUGUUGCUUUGAUCGUUAAAAUUCGCGAGAGGAAUAAAGUGUGAAUAGAGUUGCCCAAUCCUUCUGGUGCAAUUAGUUUUGGUUUUUCUCCUCUCGUUGGUGCAUCCCGUGGUGCUAGUGGUGCUUGUCGUCGUUGUGCAAAACGGGGAAACGGCGACGUGUGAAUCGUCGUCGGUGCGCUCGUGCCCGGGCGCAUUAGUGAUGAUACCCCAACACAAUCAGGUGAUCAACGCGUUGUCACAGCACGACAGCGAGAUGGAUACGGUGAUGGUGCAGCAACAGCAGCUGCAGCAGCAGCAGCAGCAACAGUACGCCACCAACGCCGCCUCACCGCCCGUCUUCGGCUCCCAGAUGGUGGAUAAGAACUCCAGCACACCCUACACCGAUGCAACGCAGACGAAAAAACACAGCCCCGGCCACAUCAAGCGACCGAUGAAUCCGUUCAUGGUGUGGAGCCAGAUUGAGCGGCGCAAGAUCUGCGAGGUAACGCCCGAUAUGCACAAUGCGGUCAUCUCGAAGAAUCUUGGCCAGCGCUGGAAGCAGCUGAGCCCGGCCGAACGGCAGCCGUUCAUCGAGGAAGCGGAACGUUUGCGCAAGCUGCACACGCAGGAAUAUCCCAACUACAAGUACCGUCCAAAGAAGAAGCAGGUCAAGGGUGGAUCUGGUGGUGGUGGUGGUGGUGCUGGAGGAACUGGUGGUUCGUCCAAGUCUUCGUCCUCGUCGACGGGUGCCGGCUCACCCGCCCUGUCCACAUCAUCCUCUUCCUCCUCGUCGACCGGUUCGCCCGAAUCGGUAUCGUCCCGGGAUAGCUGUGGAUCGUCGAGCAGUUCCUCGUCGUCGUCAUCAUCUUCGACGGUCGGCGGUAAGUCACCGGCGUCUUCCGGCAAGCGCAGCCGAACUGCUAGCGGGAAGGUGUCCAAAGCUGGCGCCGCGAAUGGUGCGGGUUCGCUCAAGGGCAAGAAGCAAGUUAUCAGCCACGAACUGGCCCAACCGAUGAUGGCGGCGGUAGCGACACCCGCCACAGUUACGACGCUUGCGGCCCAACCCGACUGCUACUCGCUGGCGGCGACCAAACUGCUGCCAAACUCACCGGAGAGUGCCACACUGUACGACGAACGGUCGUUGAUCUCGCCCGAACCCACGUUUGGUCCGUUCUCGGAAGGUACGCCGAUUUUCAUCCCGACGCCGGACCACAACGUGUUCGUGAUGGAGGAAAGCAAUCACUUCGAUCAGGACACAAAAGGCUUCCUGUACGCGAACGGCAACACGCCCGAUCUCGCCGGUGACAGCGUGGGGAGUCCGCUGGGCCAUAACACCAACAUCACCUCCUCCACCUCCGCCACUACAACCAACAACAACAACAACAACAACAACACCUCCAGCAACAGUAGUCCGGGUGCGCUCAGUCACGUCGGCGCCGGGAACCACGUGGCGUCCUGCAACAGUCCCCAUCCUCAGCAUCACAAUCAGGCGCAACACCAACACCAGCAACACGGCAACAAUCAGCAGCAUCACAAUAACAACAACAACAGUCUUCAGAUCAACAACAAUCACCUCCAGCACCAGCAGCAAACGACGCCGUCCGUCAAGUCCGUCUACACCGACAGUGACGGUGACUGCGUAAAGACGGAGAAGUACUACGAGGACGAUGAGUGUCCGAGCGACCGGUUCGGAAGCAUGCUGGACGACAGCUGUCUGGAUGGUGUGGCCGGCAUCAACCGAAUAGACGACUCGCUCGAUCUCGGCCCGGGCUCGGUAGGUUCCGCGGGUCCGCCCGGUUCCGGGGCGUGUUUCGGUGAGAUCGUUACCUUCAACGGAAAUUUCACGCUGCCCAACGCGUCCCAGCAACAGCACCAACAGCAGCAACAGCGACUGCAACCACACCAGUCACAUCACCUCAACCAGCAACAGCAGCCACAGCAGCAGCAGCAGCAGCAGCAGCAGCAGCGAGGCACACUAGCGAGCUUUAACGAAAUUACCAACGGACAACAGUGCCACCAGCCGCAACAGCUGCAACCGUUCCAGUUCUCGUUGGCGAUCCAGCCCCUGGUCGCGAACAGCCUUCACCAGCAUCUACACCAGCAGCAGCAGCAGCACCAGAGCCAGCAACAGUUCCAGCUACCUCUGCGACAGUACGGCUGCCAGCAGGUCGGGUUGGUGGACUCGCAGGUCGCCGUGGAGAAUAUGGGCAGCUUGCCGCUGCUGGCCGAAACCUCGCUGGUCCCCAACUGUCAGCCUUCCCCAUCGGUGGACGGGUUCGGUGCGGCGUCCCUAUCGCUCGGCGUGCUCGACGGUACCAUCAUCGACGGCAACAGCCAGACGGACGUGCUGCUCGACAUGCUCGGGACCACCAACAUGGACUACACGUUCGAGGGGUUCGAGACGGCGUCGUCUUCGAGCGGUUCGCACCUGGAGUUCAUCACCGAGGACAACAGUAUUUUCCUGUCCGAGCCGAACCUGAUCGGUUACAACGUUUAGGACGGCGACCGGUGAGCGAACAACUCUCCUACCCCUUAAAAUACAUACCCACACAAACAUACACAGAAUUCAAUUUUUACAUACAGAAAGAGAGAGAGAGAAAGAGAGAGAGUAAAAUACAAAAGUAAAACAAAACACAACUUUGCUUGAACCAUUUUAUCAAUUGGGUAAACAAAAAUAGCAAACAAAAACUAAGUAAGAGCGGAAGCGUGAAACGAAAAGUCGGAAUGAAAAGACGGAGAAGAAAAACAAAGAGAAGAAACAGGAGAAAAAGGAGCGAGACGUGGAAAAAAUAAGUGCUUUAUCAAAUGAAAAGAGGUGCAUGAGUGUGGAACAGUGCGUGUACGGGAUGCGUGAAUGUAAAGCGUAAAGCUUGUAAAGGAAGCGAAUGUUUUGUGCGAUAAUACAUUAGAACAGUAAGGAUAAACUUAACGUGACGCUGGGAAACUGUACGGCACGCGUGUGUCAAGUUUUGCAAUUUACAUAUAGAGAUACAAAGCAAACAGCAAAAGAGGGAGAAAGUAAGCAAGCAAGAAGAAACACACAGUUAAGAGAAGAAGCAAAGCAGCGAAGAAAAAUGAAAUAAAACAAAGAGAAAGUAAUAAACAGAAGAAAAUGGAAACAAAACACACAUACAAACAAGCGAUUCAGAGCUUAACAGAAAAUAGGGACAAAACAAACAAACACAGCCACACACGGAAAGAAAGUGAUCGAAAAGGACAUAAACACGGGUGGGGAUGAAUUAGAAUGAAGAUACCAGAUGAGGUGAGUGAAUGGAUUGGAGCGUGCGAGUGUGUCGAGUGAGUGGUUUGAGUGAAUUUGGACGUUGGUGAAGUUGGACGUUUUGCAAGUCGACAGAUUGAGGUGCGUGCUUGUUGUUCUUGGUGAGCUUUUCCUCCUGUAUCCUGGAUAAACACCAUCUCGAUAUCGGUGAAAAUAGAGCUCGAAUUCUACUCGAAGCUGUGGAGAUGAAGUAUCAGGUAAAGUGUGCGGUUUGGAAUGUUUUGCUACAAAUCCGACAACGGCCAUUGCGCCUUGCCCAGUUUUGUAAUUAAAAAUAGCUCACGUACUUGCUGCUACGUCAAGAAGCAAGGAACGGAUUGUAAAACGGAAUGCCAUUUCUUUGGUGGAAUUCCAACAAGCGUAAUUGGUCCGGUACGUGUUUUUAAUAGAGUACGAUUUAUUAAUAAAUCGCUCAUCCAGGGUUUUAUUUGUUUUUCUUGGGGCCGUUUUGUUUUAAAUUCCACAUCCCAACAAAACAUUCGUUAAAAAUGUUUGGCGAGUCCUCAAGGACUCAGCGAAGACAUUGCACUUCGUGUGGAAUUUUUGUUUCUAUUUUGCUCCCAAGUUCUCGUGGACCUUUCGUGCUGGACUUUGGGAUAAAAAGAGGUUUGAGUUCCCGUAGGAACCACCGGACAACUCAGCCUCGCAUCCCAGCAGGCUAAACGUUUCCACUACUAAAGGUGAAACAAUUUGAUUAAUGUAAUGCCCUGAGUAUCCGGCCACUGCGACCAAGGAUCCUUCCACGGUAAGGAAGGUGUUUUAUUAAAUUUCUUUCACGCUUCGUGUAGCCAACCAGCCGGCCAGACUGGAAGAAAGCUAAUAGAAAACGCACGCUUUCCCAAACCAACUGAACCGGUAGUGCAGGAUUUUCCCCCGCCCUACUGUCCUAUUUUCGUCCCAUUUCUUCUCUCACACCGGGACACACUUUUUCGGGCAGCGUUUUUUCCUGGAGCAGCAUUCCAGAUUCCACAGCGAGCAUAUCGCUCACCAGGUUUCGGCUGGCACCGCGCCCUGGCUGCUGUUGCACUUUUCGCUCUUGGUUCACGAAAUAAUCGAAAUUUAGCCACGCCGAUAUUGAAAACAGCCCGCCGAGGGGGAAGAAAAGUGCAGGGAAAAGGAUGAAGGUUUCAGGUUUAUUAUCCUCCGGGGUUUUCCCGGGUCGAUUCAGCAAAGUCUGUUUUUUUUCGUUCCUUUCUCGCCAAGAUGUUUUGAGGAGCUGUGGACUUUAGAAGCAGAAAAAAAGAAUUGACUUUUAUUCGGUUUUUUGGGUGUGUGCGUCCUCAAUCGAGAGCCAAUCUCCAGAUUGGGAAAAUUGUGCGCCACACUCUUCCUCUUUUCCUUCUCGCUAUCCUCCCACCUCUCUCACUCCAUCUGUCAGCUUACGCUCGAAAAAAAGCCCCCGAUAAAUCCUGGAACGAUUUUACUACCAGCCAAGCUCGGGAAAUAUUUCUCGAGUUUUUCUUUACACUUCGAAAAAUCACCAAACGACCUAGGGAACGACCUGCCGAACCUGGGAUGAUUGAGCAUUACGAGCAAUUUCUUUUCGGUCCCGUACCAGCUCGAGAGGGGUGGUGUGUCAGCCGCCAGCCGGAUAAGGAUUGGUUUGAUUUCUGGUUCUUGGGUUGUGACGAAAAGAUGCCGUCACUGCACACCCCAUUUUCCUGGCAGUACUUGGGCAGAGAAAUCGGGACGCGAGGCAGACCUUUAACACACACUUCACAGCGGAUGUUUGAAAUGAGAAGUAGAGUCAUGUUUCAUGUUUGGUCAGACCACUUUUUGAAUGGUCAAUUUAUGAACUUGAUGACCAACCAAAAGCACACACAACCUCAAUCCGUCGGCUUGCGUGUAUAGAGCGGCGUGCGGGAGUCCGUUAGUCUGUAAGGAAUUAUUUUUUUCUUUCCUAAGAAUAAGAAUCUAGCUGUUGAUGUUAUACAUUAUGUUUAAAGUUGUACAUUUGAGUUUGGUAAGGUAGUUACUGUCGUUGUCGUACGCUUGUCCGGUGCAGUUUUGUUGUUUUGUUUUGUUUUCUGUUUUCCCCCCAAGCGUUCCGGCCACUCAGAUUUUCCUAUCGAUGUGUGUUGACAUUGUGUUACUUUCUUCCUACCCUAUCCCCUCCAUUAGAUCGGAUCGGUUAGUAUAAGUGAGAGCAAUUUUCAACAACAACAAAAUCCCUCUUCUUAUAAGCAACACUCACACUCUUAAUCCUAAAACCAUAUACUUUAACAACACACACACAUUGUUUCUAUGUUUAGGCGCUAUAAUUAUCCUAUAAGAUGUGCGUACUUUAUUAUCGCUCUUCAUCUCUAUUCUCAAUCCAACUUUCCCCAAACCCCCCCCCAAAAAAAAGGAAUAUCCCCAUUUCAAAAUUAUAAAUCGCCCAAUCAUUUCGGCCGCGGUGCUAACUAGUGGAGUGCGACUAGUUAAGGUAGUGAACUACUCUGAACAAAAAAAAAAACACAAUUUAAACAAAAAACGAACGCCAGGCAGACGCAUGUGGUGACGGGACGGUUGCUCGACAGGCAAACACACUGUAGAUAUGAAAAUAACGAAAACUAAGCUGAAUAUGUGAUUAAAGUAAUGGAUUAAGGCAAAAGGCAAACCGAAACGGCGACGACGACCAAUGGCGAACCACUGUGCUGCAGAUGGGGGCCGGCGAUCGUUUAGGGAAAUGUGCGAAACAUUUUUGUCGAGCAGGAAAACACAAAAAAGGGUUUAAGCUAUAUCCAUAUAUCUAUAUAUAUAUAAAAUGUAUUUGUGUAAAGUUAGUGAAGCGAUAAUGCGCUACUACUGUUAAGAGAGAGAGAGAGAGAGCGAGAGUUAAGAGAGCGAUUAGCGCAGGGUUUGUUUUAGUUUUGACGGUGUUGCAGACACCGCCGUAAGUAAUCCAAAAUUUGGCCCCCUUCAAACUGUGACACAAACAAAUCACACACACACACACACACGAAACGAACUACCGUUUGGUGUGGUGCAAGUGUGCCAAAACACUUGCACAAGUCCUAUCGCGCUAGUACAGCCUCGUAAACGUAAGACACACACACACUACCAACAGACGGCGGAGAAACACACUUAAGUGAAAACAUUUUCCCUCCCUGGUACGUCCCAUGGGUGUGAUAUAGGCAGUGGAAAAUCGCAAACUAUUUUAUAAAUGUUACCCUUUUUCGCCCGCGGCUCGUUCCUCAUCGGAGGGCUAGUAAAAACACAAACACACACAGACACAAGAAAACACAGAAUCGGAGCAAGACACGUUACAGCUGAAAGUUUGUUCGUUUCAGUUUCAGCUAGGUAAGGUAUUACUACUAAUUACGGUUACUAUUAGAAAAAAACCUACUGGUAAACACUAUUAUAACUACUACCGAAUAAUCGCAGCCAUGUGUUUUUGCAAAUGAAAAAUGAAGGCAUCAAUAGAAUUACCUUGAACAAAAAAAAAAAACAAAUGGUUUUAAGUUAUUAUUUCCCGUUCUUAUUGUUUUCCCGUUUGUUCCCAUUCUUCGAUGACUUACAAAAAAAUAGGCGCCCAAGGGGGGGUUCCCAUCUACCGGGUUGUUUCCUUGCUGGUUUCCGGAUUCGAACUGCCGAAUGGGGGUUGUGAGAAGUUCCUUUGCCGGUUCACUAGAAAAGGUUUCGUGUUUUUGUUUGUUUGUUUGUUUGUGGUUUCUGUUACCGUCUACAAGCGACCGAGAGAAAAGUUCGCCCGGUCCACUGUGGAUUGCUGCCCUCUUUCAAGUACUAUGCACAGUGUUCCGGCAGCAUGUGUUCAGUAGCAACCGUUUUGUGGUAAGCAAUUGUGGCACUCUGUUUCAGGUGCCGAUCCUCCAAUUAUGGUUUAUUUGCAUAAGAAGUGUCAAAAACAAAACGACUCAGAACUAACAAGAGCAAAAAAUAUCAGGGAACCAUCUUUCGGAACAUAGAACGCAAAGGAGACAGAGAGAGCGAAAGAAAGCAGCGUAACAGUGCAUACAGCUUUUUAAUACUAUUUUUGUACCGUAUAAUGGAAGAAGCAGAGAAGAAAAUGGAAAAAAUGAAACAAUCCCUAGUGAGCUGUGUUUAGUAGCAAAAACAAAAAGGGGAAAUCAAACACUACACAAGAAUACAUCGAAAAGAAAUAGCGGAAAGAAAGAAAACCAGGCCAGAAAUAGAAUAGAGAAGCCGAAAACUCAAACUUCAAAUGCAAUAAAACUCGCAGUAACAGCAAAAAUGUUCCAAAAAACCAUACCAUACAUAGUGAAAUAGGCAAGUUUUACAAAGAAAAGCAGUGAAAACUGCUACUGGGCACACAGAAUUUUAAAAUAACGCCGUCGUAAAUCGGUCCGUAUAUCCGAGCAGCAAAAAUUUACAACGAAAAGUGGUAAGAAGAUGAGAAAAAAACAGAAUAAAACACUACAAACAAAUAGAAGAGAAGCAAAAACAUGAAAUAAGUAAGUAACUAAUAAAAACAAAACACUACCAAACACUAACAACACAAAACACAAAACAAAACAAAAAAACCCAAGAGCAUCUACAGCAAGGUUCAAAUCGCAAAACGCAAACAAACGGUUUUACUUACCUAUUAGUAAAAAGCGUAACAAAGCAAACAAACAAAGAAGCAAAAUAAAUGAAACAAAUUACAAAACUCAGGAAAUGAAAAAAAAAAACAAAACAAACAAACAAAUUUCUUGCGAAACGUAACUAGCAAAACUUUGUGGUGUAGGAAACAAGCGAAACAGCAAAAACGAAUAACCCGGAAAAAUAAAAAGGUGUAAGUAGUGUUUAGGUUCUUUCUAAAAGAAAAUCUUCAUUGCGAUAAAAGAGAGAAGAGAGGCCAAGAUGAGUAGCAAUAGUGGGGAAAAGGACAUGCAGCUUGGUUUGUUUUAUUUGAUCGGAUAGAUUCUUUUGUGCAUGUAGUCGCGUACGAAAUAGCACGCGAAAGCUCAGCUACCAGGAAGAAAACCAAUCAGUUUACUAACGAAACGCAGUACGAAUAGUGAUAAACACGAAAUGGAUCCUUUUUUGCAGGAUAGACGAAAACCUAACGCGUCGUGGAUCGAACCGAGAGUUGUUCUUCGAACUCCACUUAGUCCACAGCUAUCUGGCCGGGGAAGGAUGUAUCAUUCGGAACCGGGCUAGUUUGAAUUUGGUGUUUGGUGGAUGCAAUAGAACAGAUUUACACAUACACGCACACACACACACAUACGAAACAAAUUUUUACAUCCGCAACAAUCAUUACUACGAACAAUCGAUAAAGACAACACAGUUUACAUUUUACAGCAACAAUUCGCCACUUAACAGACACAUCCGGCUCACUUAAUUGAGAGGGGGAAGGAUGUGAAUUUUUAAUAGCAAACUACAAUGGUUGGAAUGAAAAACUUCGUUUGCAAAUUGCAUUGGCGAGCCUAUUUUUUUUUGUUAGAGCCGGUUGUGAGCCUAUCAAGUCAGUAAGAGCAAGCGUUCGCGGUUUUACUCUAAUUUUUGUGUGGCCCUCCUGAUGCUCAAUGACGUGUGUAAACUGGUUCAUGCGCGGUACUUUAAGCUGCAAUUAAUUCUCAUCAAACAACAAUCAUAUAAAACACUCAUCCUUGCCGUGCAGCUUUCAUUUGCCGAAGGGUUAAAGCGGCAACAGUUGCAAAACCUUAGCGCAAAAGAAAAAAUGGGUAAAUCGUCAAUCGUGUUAGUGUCGGUGUUAGUAGUGUUUUCUCUGGCUAUCAACAUAAACGCUUAGGUCGCAACACAUAUACUAUAGCGAGCACCUAAUGCAUUAGGUUGACGCGAACAAAGGCUUAAAGUUUACAGAUGUACUCCGAAGCGAUACUGAAGCGCGGGGGUCCUCACUGACGAGGACCGGUGCGUUGUUGUGCAUCCAGAACUCGUUGACGAUACGGGAAGACUGAAAUACUCUCCACCAAUCCAGGACCGAAAACCACGCUUUCGAAUUGUCUCGUGCGAUAAUCCUCUCUUAUUUGCAUCUCUUAUUUUUGUCGUAAACCAAACUCAAGUAACUAAUGUCUUAAAGUUACAAACAUAUCGCAGUUUUAUUGGUUUGCUUGAUGUCUUUUCCCCUAUUCUUUUACUUUUUCUCACAAUUUUCUAACGACCUCUUCUUACUAAUGAUCCUCUUUGCCUGUUUUGGAUACUAUUGUUUUCCCACAAUGAUCUCAUAACACACGCGAGUCAUCCAAAAGCCAAUUUUUCAGACAAUCUCUAUCUUAGUGCUUACUCGUUGCACUACCUUCCUUACUCGGUUUUAUUAUUUUUAUUCUAAACAAAAAAGCUGUUAAAAGGACAACUAAAAGAAAAAGGCGCAAAGAUAGAUAUAGCUUUGAAUUUUUGUGACCAACCAACCAACGAUUAGAGUGCGGUAGAAAGGGAGAAGAAGACGACAUAUUGCACCAACCAAUAGUUUUGGGCAAACACUUUGUUCGGAGUGGCAUAGAAGAGAAGAAAAUGCGAGUGCUUAGCUGGCAAACGCAAACCAUGGUAAUAAUCGUUAUUUAAGGCACAUGCAGCACAACCGUUUAGUGCUGGCCGAUACAUUGUGUAGCGUAGGGAAUGGGACGAACGCAUACUCCGCCAUCGCUGCUAUAUAGCCAACCUCAUCAGCGGCACCGGGGGAAGUGCAAGGUGGUGGCAACCGUUCAGGUUUGUGCACGAUAAAACAAAUGAAUAAAAUAUUCAGGUAUCUAAACAGGCUGUGAAAUAGUCUAUUUGUUUAUUCUAGUUUUUAUUGAUCCAUGUUUGAGACAGUGGUGUUUGGAAGUGUGUAUGUAUGUAUUUGUAUACGUGUUUGUAUUUUAUGUUUAGGUUUCGUUUUCGCUUUAGGUUUCGUUUUCAACUUACUGUUUAAUUGUAAAAAGAGAUUUGGUUUUACUUUUAUUAAAACUUUCUUUUCAAAUAUUUUUUUUCUUCCAUUUGUUAUUUUCUAUGUUUGUUUUUUUCUUCUUCUUUUUUUCUCUUGUGUGUUUUUUCAUGAUGAAGAUUAUGUUUGAAUACAAAAAUUUAUGUGAGAAGUAAAAAGGAAACAAAACACAAUUUUUCAGAGCAAAAACCGAAUCAAAAACAAAACAAAAGACCAGAAACAAAAAAGCAAAACAAACUAGAAAAAUAAAAGAAGUUAAAACAAGAAAUUUUAGAAAACAAAAACCGAAAAAGUUAUAACAUUUUAGCGAAACAAUCUACAAAAAACAAAUACGAAAGGAAAAACUGACAACGCAAAAACCAAUCAUGAUCAUAACAAAACCGAAACUGCCAAGCAUACAAAACAAAAACAAAAAAAGGGUAAACGAUGCAUUUGUGUUUUAUUUGUUGUGUUUGUUUGACUUUUUAUAUGGGAUGAAAAGGUUGCUUUGCAGAAUGUUUCUUUCCUGAAUGAUCUUCUUUUUUUUCAUCUCAAGACUCAAUCAAAACCGGAAACGAUUCAAUGGGUAGUUUUUUAUCCGAGCAAUCUCCACGCACGGCAAAGUUAAUCAAAUCAAACUGUGGCAAUAACUAGUGGGAGAGAGAGAGAGAGCGAGAGAGAGAGAGAAGUUAAGGGGUUAUUCUUAUUUAGUUUGGAGAAAUAUUUCUUUCCUUUAAGUAUACCGAAUCACCGAGUAUAGUAUGUGCUUUCGUUAAGCAGGACUAAUAUUGAUAAACAGAAUAACAAACAAACAGGAGAACAAAGGCCGGCAGAAGGCUGAAGUUAGAAGCCACCAGCAUCUUAAUUGAAAAUGAUGCAAAAAAACUAAACAAAACAAAUACAAAAAAAACUUAUUAAAAAAGGGUUGAGAACGCAUAACAUAUUCGUAAACAUCGCUUUCAAUGUGUAGUGAACCGUUUCUUUCAUAUUAAGACUAAACAGAAAGGUAAAGAAUAAUCUAGCAUACCGUAAGUUAUACAUUAUACAAAGAGAGAAAACAAGCAAAACAAAACAUGUUACAUUGAGUGAUAUUGAAUAUUAUUAUUAAACAAAACACAACCAACACUCAAUUAGUGGAUGUGGCGAGUGGCGAGAACUAAUCAAUUCACCCAUUUAAAAUAAAACCCCGUAAAAACACUGUGUCCUACUGCUGUCUCUUAUCGAGUUUGUAGAGAACAGUGUUUGAACCGGAGCACUAAGCCUGUGUCUGAAACGAGUCACAGAUGGGCGCGUUUGUGGGUGAAGUUAUUGAAAUUUUUAAAAUACCCUUACAGAACUCUACAAACAGAAAAACAGAUGAAGUAGGAAGGAGAAAGAAAAAGCAAACAAAGUAAAACAAAACUCACACGCACUAUAUUAAUCGAAACUCGAAACAAAACAAAUCAUUAAAUGUCUAUUUAUAUAUUUACAACCAAACCAAACAAAUCAGAAAAGUAAAGAAGAAAAACCAAUUAAAAGUGGUAGUGUGUACAAGAGAAGCAGCGGUAAAAGGAAGUGACAAAAAAAAACAAGUAAUAAAGCAUAAAGCAAGUAAACUAAACCAACCAACCAACCAACCAGGAGCAAGCAGUACACUAGGAGUAUAAUAAUAAGUAUUGAUAUUAUUAUAUUACUAUUACGAUAAGGACUAUUGAAAUCUUCACACCACUGGUUAGCAUGUGAGAGUGCGUGUGUUUGUGUGUGUGUGUGUGACUUGGACAAGAACUUAUCUACAAAAUAAAUAAAAACCUAACGUGGCUAAAGCAAUGUGCAAUUAGUGCAAGCAUUUAAAUGGUGACAACCAUUCGGCGGCAGCAAUAUUAUGGUUGGAAUUGGUAACGUUAAUGAAACAAACAGCACUUAACUCAAGAUUUAAACAAGUGUAACAAAUAGAGAGAAGAAAAGCAAAACACACAAAACGGAGAGUGAAUAUUUACAGCAUCGGCAGCAACACUGUUGGAGCUAGUCUGGUCGUUUUGGUCGUGCUACUGGACUGGUUGCAAAUAUUUUGCCAAGCCACGAACUUUGGGCAAAUGGGCCAGCUAUUGGCGUGUACGUGCGUGUGUCUUAGGCCGGAGAAAUUAUUCAGCUCGAUGGAUGGGACUGUUCAAUUCGGAACGAUGUCCUCUCCGCAGGACAACGAGCACACGGCCGAUGGAUGUGCCGAACGUUUUGUACAUUUUGUAGCUAAAGAGUCUGAGCAUUAGAACCGAACUGUUGUUAAACCCAUCUUCUGCUCGGAUGUUGUUUGUUUGUGUUUCUGAGUGUUUUUUUUUUCUGUCUCUCUCUUAGCCAUCAAGUUGAGCUAUUAUUGGGUGCGGUUGGCGUACGUGCUGGGGUCCCCUGUGUGAGACGUAAUAAAUUUGGGAGGGUUCGAUUUUCGAACGGGCAGAGACAACUGUUUGAACCGGGUGCUAAAAAAUUAGGUCCAAGAACGAGAGAAACAAAAACAAAAAC